CUCAGCUUUGGCUACAGUCCGGUCAACAUCUUACUCGCCGAGGAAGAGGCGACGAUGGCGACGGGAAGCGACCAAUAAGAAAGAAGAUGCAGCCGUCGAAGCAGAGCAGACGCAGCUCAACUCCCAUCUCACGGGCUUUUCCCUUUACCCUCUUCUCCUCCACGAGACCCUAUAUCAUCUCUUCCCACCAUUUCUCUGAUAUCUGAUCGCUGCGGAAGAGGAGGAGGAGGACGAGGGCGCGGAGGAUCCCAGGGAGAGGUCCUCGGCAUGGAUUCCGCGCCCGCUGCCGCCCCCCAUGGGGAGGGGCCGAUCAAGGGCUUCCCGACGCAUGGCGGCCGGUACGUGCAGUACAACGUGUACGGCAACCUCUUCGAGGUCACCGCCAAGUACGUCCCCCCGCUCCGCCCCAUCGGCCGCGGCGCCUACGGCAUCGUCUGGAAUAAAAAGGAAUUAUUUCUCGAUCUUUUUUCUAGUGCUGCAGUGAAUUCUCAGACACGUGAAGAGGUUGCAAUAAAGAAGAUUGGCAAUGCAUUUGAUAACAGAAUUGAUGCCAAAAGAACCUUACGGGAAAUAAAACUUCUUCGCCACAUGGAUCAUGAGAAUGUUAUUGCAAUUAAGGAUAUCAUACGCCCUCCAAGAAGAGAAAACUUCAAUGACGUCUACAUUGUUUACGAGUUAAUGGAUACCGAUCUUCAUCAGAUAAUACGCUCCAACCAACCAUUGACAGAUGACCAUUGCCAGUUCUUUCUUUAUCAAUUACUUCGAGGGCUGAAAUAUGUGCACUCGGCAAAUGUCCUGCACCGUGAUCUCAAGCCUAGCAAUUUGCUCCUGAAUGCAAAUUGCGACCUUAAAAUUGGAGAUUUUGGAUUGGCAAGAACAACAUCUGAGACAGAUUUCAUGACUGAAUAUGUUGUCACUCGUUGGUACCGAGCACCUGAACUACUCCUUAACUGUUCAGAGUACACUGCUUCUAUUGACAUCUGGUCGGUGGGGUGCAUACUCGGUGAAAUUGUGACCAGAGAACCAUUAUUUCCUGGAAAAGAUUAUGUCCAUCAGUUGAGGCUGAUAACCGAGCUAAUAGGGUCACCGGAUGACUCAAGCCUUGGAUUUCUCCGAAGUGACAAUGCCCGUAGAUAUGUGAGGCAACUUCCUCAAUACCCGAAGCAAGAGUUUUGUGCUAGGUUUCCCACCAUGUCCAUUGGAGCCAUUGAUUUACUAGAAAAAAUGCUUGUAUUUGAUCCGAGCAAGAGAAUAACAGUUAAUGAAGCUCUACAACAUCCAUACUUGGCAUCUCUCCAUGACAUCAAUGAUGAACCAUUUAGCCCAGCCCCAUUCAGCUUUGAUUUUGAACAUCCAUCAUAUACCGAAGAGGACAUCAAAGAACUUAUUUGGAGAGAAUCAUUGAAGUUCAACCCAGAUCCCGUGUGCUAGGGUGUUCUUGUAUGAGCUCUACUUGCUGUUGGCAUUUGUAACUGGUAUGACCACUUCUGAAUUGAAGCUUGCUAAGGUCAGCGAAGGCUAAACAUCUGACUCUUUCACGGAGUCGUGACUUCUUGAAGUUGAGGCAAGGCUUGAGGAAAUAAAUUAAAUGGGAUGUUCUGAAUCCAAAAGAAUGCUUUAAAUGUCUCUUAGGAAAUCUUCUACUUGUGUAGCUUGUGCUGUUUCCAUGGGGGAGUCCGUUGUAUGUCGUGCUUCUUUCUUUGUCAACUGCUUUCUCGAAGAGUAAUCUAUUCGAAACUACUUGUGUCUGGAA